UGGCUCGUGCCGAAGAAAAACCGGAGUAUACCAGGUGGAUACAACCAAUGAGGUGGUGUUUGAAAAUCAUCGGUUCAUUCGAUCACUAGCCAUGGGCUUAGGAAAGAGGAAAAUUACGCCGGAGGAGAUAUUGCCGCCCUGCAGCCACGGCAUCUUCCGGCAGAAAACUGCAACAUGCGAGCACUUAUCGCUCAGCGGAUACGCUAGGGUGGCGAAGCAGUCGUUCGGUAAUCUCCUGUCGAGAAAGAUGGCGACAAGUACAAGUCAACCUUCAGUGCCCUGGUCAAAUAUUAAAGAUGAUUACGAACUGGGAAAAGUUAUCGGGGUUGGAGCAACUGCGGUGGUCCACGGUGCCUUUUGCAAGCCAAGAAAUGAAAAAUGUGCCAUCAAGAGGAUCAACCUGGAGAAAUGGAACACCUCUAUGGACGAAUUACUCAAAGAAAUUCAAGCCAUGAGCAGCUGCAACCACGAGAAUGCGGUAACCUAUUACACCAGCUUUGUAGUGAAAGAAGAACUUUGGCUGGUCUUGAAAUUGCUAGAAGGUGGUAGUUUGUUGGACAUAAUAAAACACAAAAUGAGGAUAUCGAAUUGUAAACAUGGGGUGUUUGAUGAAGCCACGAUUGCCACUGUCUUAAGGGAGGUACUGAAGGGCUUGGAAUAUUUUCACAGUAACGGACAGAUCCACAGGGAUAUAAAAGCAGGUAACAUUCUUCUCGGCGAAGAUGGAACAGUGCAAAUCGCAGAUUUCGGCGUGUCUGCCUGGUUGGCCACUGGUAGGGACAUUUCUCGUGAGAAAGUCAGACACACGUUCGUGGGGACGCCCUGUUGGAUGGCCCCCGAGGUCAUGGAACAGGAUCAUGGUUACGAUUUCAAGGCAGACAUUUGGUCCUUCGGCAUAACGGCGAUAGAGAUGGCCACGGGAACAGCCCCUUACCACAAAUACCCACCCAUGAAGGUACUUAUGUUGACCCUACAGAAUGAUCCCCCAACUUUAGACACUGGAGCCGAUGAAAAAGAUCAAUACAAGGCAUACGGAAAAACAUUUAGGAAAAUGAUAACGGAUUGUCUCCAGAAGGAACCUGCGAAAAGGCCUACCGCUGCGGAAUUACUCAAGCACCCGUUCUUCAAAAAGGCGAAAGACAAGAAAUACCUGCAGCAAACGUUGGUGGCCAUCGGGCCCAGCUUGGAAACUAGAGUCCAGAAAGCAUCUAAGAGACAGCCGGGUGCUUCUGGGCGCCUCCACAGGAAAGAAACGGGCGAGUGGGUGUGGUCGAGCGAGGACGAGGGGGACGGUGGGGAUUCCAGCGAAAGCGACACAGAUUCGAAACCUAUGAAUACUUUGGCAUCGGUAGGAUCUUCCGGGUCCGAUCAUGAGAGUAGUGAGGGAGAUCCGCCACCCGUUAAUUUGGUAUUGAGGAUGAGGAACACGAGACGGGAACUUAACGAUAUCCGAUUUGAGUUUGCGGUGGGCAAGGACUCGGCUGAAGGCAUAGCUAGCGAGUUGGUGGGUGCAGGCCUAGUAGACGGCAGAGAUAUCACAGCAAUAACACAAAACCUCCAGAAACUCAUCGAUCAGAGGGACACGAUGAAAGUUGUAACUUUUCAGUUGAAUUCUGCGUUAGGUAGUAACGAAACUCCCGACGAUAAGGCCCUGAUAGGUUACGCACAAAUCUCUAUAAUGGACUGAAAUAGACUGGAUAUUUACUCCCGAUGCAUACCAAUAUUCUCCUGGAAUCUACUGAUCAUUGUACAUAUUGUAGAUAGGUUUUAUAAAUGAAUUAACGUUCCUCCAGUUUUGUUUCCCGGAAACUGCAGAUCAGAUCGUUUUUUAUUUAUUCUAUUUUGGGCUUCUCGUCCGUCUGGAUGGAUUUUGAUGUUAAAAAUCGAGUAACAAAGCCAACUGAUUAUGUAAACCCCAUCGAGGUUUUGUUAAUAUUUAUUUUGCCGUUUCAGUCGCAUUGUUAUUUUUCUGAAGCAUCUACAAAGUUUCUUUUUAUGGAAUUCUAGGUGGUUAUAACGAGUACAUAAAAACCAUUUCUAAGGUUUGAUUUGACAAUAAUCUUGCCUAAAUUUGGUCUCAGUGAGAUGUUUCUUUUCUAUUACUAGCAUUUUUGCUAGUUAAUCGACAAUGCAAAGGUAUUUCGGAAAAUACUCACCGAGAUCAGUGCAGAAUGUUUUAAAAAGUAGCAAUCUUAUCAUGAUCAAUAGAUUUCAAGCAUUUGUACUUAAAUAGUUCCACGGUACCAAUUUACAAAUUUUCAUUGUAACAGUAAUUUUAUGUAUUUAAUCCUGUGUUGUAUUUUUUGCUAUAUUUAUUCCAGAAGUCGUUUUUGAUCAAUAUUAAAGUCAUAGUUUGUAAGUGAUCGACAGAAUGCCUUGUUAGAUGAGAUUGUAGCGUUUAUUUAAAGUCUGUCGUGCUUGGCAUCCUUAAUAUCAGAGGAAUGUAUUUAUACGUAGGUCCCCGCCGGCCAGCCAAUAAGUUGUAAGUGAUCGAUAUUCAAUAAAAAUCAAUAUUAUUUGUACAUGGGAUUGGUAAAAUCUGUAUAUAGAAUAUUUAUUUAUUCCAAUAACAUAGUUGCAAUAUUAAACAUGUGAAAAAGA